CCCAUGUGUUUGCUUUAGCCCUCCAGUUUUGCCUCGGUGCAUUUCCAUCACGUUGAGUCCGUCCGUGGCGAUCCCUCUCUCUCUCGCUCUCUUUCUUCAUCUGUCUGAGCCUGUGAUUAGGUCUGUCUGUCCUUUUCCUCUCUUUUCUCCGUUUUCCUCCGUUUUUUACUUUCCUUUUCAUUCCAACAUGUUCCAUAACCCGUGGAUUACUAACUAUCUCAACCACGUCACUCAGUGUAGUCAAGGCUUUGUCGGUGAAGCUUCUGCUAAGCUCUACAGCCCUGCACUACUAAAGAAAAGAGCAGUAAGCUUUGGUGUGGAUGACAGGACAUCACUGGUUAAGAGUACAACAGAAAUUGAUGCAAACAUCCUAGCUGUACUGCCCAAAGUUUCAGAGCUAAGGAAGCAAUUUGAAACCUCUAUCAAAAGUGGUCCAGAAAUGAACAGGAAAGAGAGAAUUGCACGAAGGUUGGAGGGGAUUGAGGCUGAUGUUCCACCUGCUCUUACUACAAGCAUGCAACACACAGCCGGCCUGGUGACCAACCGACUACUGGAGGAGGACACACCACGCUAUACACGUGCUUCAGAUCCCAGCGAUCCAGGCAUUGUGGUGCGGCGCUACAGCCGUGAUGAGAUAGAAGCUCCAGAGCGGCAAUCCAGAGCUCGGACAUGUGCAGAUCCACAGUUGUCCGCCCACCCUGAGCCAGUCGGUCCUACCCCAGCCGGUUCUGAUGCAGCCAGCCUCAGCUCUAAAGCCGAGCGGAUUGCGCGCUACAAAGCUGAACGUCGGCGACAAUUAUCAGAACGUUACGGAAUCCUCCUCGACCAAGAGGUGGAUCUGGAUUACGCGCCACGCUACACACAUACACGGAGAGAGUCUGACCUGUCGGACAAAGGGGCUCCUCCUGACAGGGGACGUGGUGAGAGCAGGACAAGGGGCGUGGCAUUGCAAAAACAGGAUGAGGGGCGGGACCGAAGCAGCAGCAGGUCUAAAUACAGCAGUUCAGGAAUAGGGCGAGUCUUCAUGCCUUCUGACCCCACCCCCAAUCCUGCUCCUCCUCCAUCAGGCUUUGAUGCUGAGCGAGAGAGAGAGAGGGCAAUGAACUUGGAAAAUUAUAGACGAGCACCUGACCGAAGUACGAAACCACGCCCACAGGAAACUCCGGUUCCAAUGGAAACAACAACAGCCCAACCAGCGAGGGGUGUCGCUGUUGUCACUGUAGCAAGUUCUCCUAGGACAGCACGCAGAGCUUCGUUGCCCACAACACGAUAUGGCAUCUCUCCUGGAGACUUGUUCAUCGAGCAACAAGCUCAAAAUAUCCUCAACAGACAGGGAAUACGAGUAAGAGAGAGACAGACAAUGGAGGACAUCUCGGGAAGGGGUUCUGAUUCAGGGCCAGAUGCAUCUUCUGUCAGACGUCAUCCAACAGUUGCCCCUCCAUAUUUAGCUCCACGACCUCAAUCUGCAAACCAACCGCGAACACGGAGCUCUGAACCCCCAAUCCAACAACCUAAUCAGGAGACCCGUCAACAAAGGGCACAUAGUGCAGAGCGGCCGCGAUUCCAGCGCACUCACAGUAUGGACUCGCCUGCCUUUCAACAUAUAGUUUCAAGUGAAACUGGAAAUCAUCAGCGUGCCCAAAGUGCAGAGCCCCCAAACUAUGAACAGAGUCCUGGUAUACACCCUAGCACCAUGGGUCGUCAGUCUGGAUUUGGACAAAUCAAGCAAUCCCUAACAAAGAGAAAUAGUCAAGGUGCUCAAGAACCAUCACAAAUGCACAGACCUUCACAACAACCACACCCAGCAUACAAAGAUCUCCAGCAGCCAUUUCCUGGUCCCAGAGAUGCCCCACCACCUGUACAAAAGUAUCGGGCUAUCCUUCAACCAGUGCCUUUAGAUCGGGACACUCGCCAACCAGCUCAAGCACAUGCACCUACUCAGAAGCCUCUACAUGAACACACCUUGCAUUCACGUCUGUCUCAUGGACAUUAUGGUCACAGCCCUCUGCAGUAUGGUUCAGUCCAGGCACUGCCUCCAGCAUAUGGACAAAUUGUUUACUCAGCUCCUUCCCAUACUUCUAGCCAUCUAUCUUCAUCUUCAAAUGCUCAUGCAGCUCACCCUGUGCCUGGACCUUCACUUAGUAAGUCUGAGACAGUGGAUCCCAAAGGACGAUUGCCCAUACCCAGUUUGGCACCUGCUGACAAAGAGGGUGAAGAGACUAGACGAAGGGCCAGUGCUGAUCACAUUCAGCCCAUUCACAGAGAAGGUCGAUCAGCAUCCAGAGUGGAUCCAGCUUCAGAAGGGUUACUUAAGAGCAGAAAAGCUGUGCUACCCUCAGAGAUCCGCCGCAGGCAAAAGAGUGUGGAUGAUCCCAUGCGUGGACAAACUGAUGAAGGUUUGGAAGGUCAGAGAAUCAGAAGGAUCAGCCAGUCAGAGGAGAUAGAGGAGCGAGGUGGAAGAAAGUUGUACAAGUUGGAAGAAAGGGAGGGGCCUAAUGGAAAAGGAAUUGCUCAGAUAGAGGAGGGAACAAUAGCAGGUGAAAAGGUAAUUGGUCUACUAAAAGACCGAGAACAGCAUGAUGACCGAAGGACCAGUCAAUCUGAAGAAAGAGAGGAAGAUGGUGGCACAAAGAAUAGUUGGAAAGGUAAAGAUGUGGGACGUGGUAUAAGGAAGAUUGGUCAAAGAAAAGAAAACAAGCAAGUGGCUGGUAUUAAAAAGGAGGAGGGUCAAGAUAAUUGGAGCACUCACCGGUUAGAGGGGAUGGAACAAGGAGGUGUCAGGAAAGUUGACGAAUUCAAAGAAAGAGAAUGGGAAGUUGAUCGAAGACAAGGCCACACUGUACAGUCUGUUGAACCACUGGUGCAUGGUGAUAAGAAAAUCGGUCAAGAGGUAGAGGAGCAGAAAGAAGGCCAAAGGUUCCUGCAAAAAGAAGUGGCAGAAGGACAUGGUAGAAGACGACGGAUUAAUCUGUCAGAGAAUGAAGAAGGGCAUGUCAGACGGAGAAGGAUAAGCCGAUCAGAAGAUGAUUGGGAGGAACGUAGGGUACGUAAAAUUGGACAGUUGGAUGCAUGGGAAGUGCAAGGAGUGCAUCGAAUGGGCCAGCCAGAUGAUAAUUUUGAAAGACCUGAGAAAGGAAAGCAGAGGUUAAACACACAUCUACCUGAAGAAAUAGACACAGCUUCCACACAGCUAACCAAUCAACAGCAUUUUCCACACCAUAGGGUGGGGGAUGUUGGAGGCUACUUGCAGAAAGGUUCCUUCCUCCCACAAGCGCAACAUCGAGUGAGCCAGGAUGCAGGUGACCUGAGGCCAAAGGUGCGAAUCCGCUCCAUGUCAGAUAUUGGAGUAACUCAACGGUCUGCUGCAUUGAGAAGUCUGGAGCGUGCUGCCAGUCGAGAGUCUGCAAUGGUGACAGGUACAGGGCUUCAUACUAGAGAGCCGAGUGGUGUGGCCAAUGGUGAAAUGGGCACCUUGGACACAAGAGUUUCUGUGGCUAAGCUGAGACAUUCCUACCUGGAGAAUGCUUCUGGACACAAACCUGAGCUGGAGUCUAAAGGAGACCAGGUUCCCAUGGAGAUCGAUCCAGUUGUCAACAGUGACCGGGAGAGAGGAGCACGUCGGCCCAGACGUUACAUUUCCCCUGGAGAUGACAGGAAGUCAUCUGAGAGGUUUAGAACCCAGCCAAUCACAUCAGCCGAAAGGCUGGAGUCUGAUAGGUCUCGUCUUAGUCCAGAGCUUCAAUGUGCAGAAUGCGAGUCAAAAUUGGAUGAAGAAAAAAUGGAUGAACGAGCUAAAAUGAGCGUGGCAGCCAAGAGGUCUCUUUUCAGGGAGCUGGAGAAGACUUCAGAGGGAGGUGUCCCCAAACCUCGAUCACGCAAUGCUGCGGUUGAGCGGAGACUCAGACGAGUGCAGGAUCGUUCACGGACACAGCCGGUCACGACAGAGGAAGUUGUCAUUGCUGCUACUUCCCCCGCUCCCCCUUCUCAAGUCAUCAUUAUUCAAACCACUGCUCCCAGAAUCCCUAGUCCUGCUGUAAUCAGCACUUCCAUGACUAGUUUCAGUCUGCAGGCAUCAUCAGCACAUGGAUCGACCCACCAUGAGCAGGAGAAAGAAGAUGUUUCGAAGGAGGCGGUUCCGGGAGAAGAGGAUUUGGGUCCCGAGGAGCCAGACUUAUCAACACUAAGCCUUUAUGAGAAGAUGGCAUUAUUCAAUCGCUUGUCACAUCCCUCUGGCCAGUCAGCAAAUGGACCCCGUCCUGACACACGCCAGCGUAGAGCCAACACCCGCUUUCAGACUCAACCAAUCACCCAGGACGAGGUUGAUCAGGAACUUACAAAAGACGUAGAUCCGUCCAGUCUCACAGAUCAACCCGCUGUGACUAAUGAUUCUGUUGGUCCCCCUCAGAGCGAGCAACUGCAAAAUGGAAGCGUGAAGUUGGAGCCUCUCUCUGCAUCACUGGUCCGCUCGGUUACCGCGGUCACCGCCCAGGCCUCUGUUGCCACGGUGAUAAGUGCUUCCCCAUCAAUGACCGCAGAUGUUCGCAUGGGGAUCUCUGCAGCUCCACCCACCACUCAGGCCUCACCCAAUCAGGCGGUCUCUGCUCCGUUUCCGUCCUAUGAGAGAGGAGUUCGAUACUUCAGUCUUACAGAGAGUGGGGAAAGACCCACACCUGAUGUUCAGUCCCCGCGCCCCGCAGAGCUGCCCGGCCAAUCGGCGUACAGCAAGGGUGUGGCCGACGAGAGUGGGUGGAGGGGAAGACUAGGGUAUUUAAGCAGAGAGGAGAGAGACACAGAGCUCCCCAGUGCGACUUCCCCGCCGCACACACAUGCGCUCAGACACACACCCCCUCACGGCAGGGGAGACGCAGAGCUGAGUGGCCCACGGGAGAGGGAGAAAGAGGGUACACCCAUCUCGCAGGGAGGCUACCUCUCACCAGAUGCCCAUCAGACGGCAAGAGGAAGCGGUACCAGAGCCAUCGUCUCAGGUGUCUCUGAUCCCAGCGUUCCCGUGAGGACGGUGAACACAGCUGCGGUCUCCUCCAGAAGUUCUUCACACACCUCAAACACUCUCACUUACCUCCAACAAGCCCAGUCCUACACGCCUCCGCAGCCUCAACCAAAACCAGCGCAGCACCCUCAAAUCGACACACCAACCCACGCUAGACCUCAAACACAACCCUACAGCCCGCCGACACCACCACAGACACAGGCCAAACCACAAACACACCGCAUUUCUGACUCUCAGCCUCACAUCCACAUUGACUCUCAGGCUCCUCCAUGGCAAACCCAGCUGUUCCCUGAACCCCAGCGGCAGGUGCAACCCAGGGUCCCGCCGCAGACGCAGCCCAAACCGCAAUCCUUCCUUCCACCUCAGUCACAUGCCUACAUUCCCCCUCAACCCAAGAUACCCCCUCAAACCCAGCCCAAACCCCAGUGCUUCAUACCACCUCCAACACAGCCCCAAGAAGAGAUCCUGGGAAAAUACGGCCCCUCUGGACUCGUCGUCUCCAAAGACCAAAAGCCAGAGAUCCACGAAGAUCCAGAGGCCAUGACAUCUAUGUCAAUCAAAGAAAGGUUAGCCAUGUUGAAGAAGAGUGGAGAGGAAGAUUGGAAAAACAGGAUCAACAAGAAACAGGAAGUUAAACAGGAAGUGGUGUCUGUAAGCGAGAAGAGUAGUCAAAUAAUGGAGGAGCAAGGCUUUACAAAAAAGGAGCCUGUCUUUUCUUCCACCUACUCUCCUCCUCCUCUCCCAUCUACCCCAAAAUGCCAAUAUGUAGGACAACAAGGCCAGAAGCUUAAAGAGGGGGAGGGGCAGAUGUCCAUCGAAGAAAGGAAGCAGAUGAUCUCGACGCAGGAGGAGGCGUGGCAGAGCACAGGGAGGGGCGUGGCCAAUGACUCCGGCCAGUACACUGUGGCUGCCAGGAUGGUGAAAAAAGGUCUGGCUGCUUCCUCUGCAGUGAUCAGCCCUAUUCUGUCUCCAGUCUCUGCUAAACUAAAGAGCAGUGUGCCAGCUAUCUCGAAACCACAGGAAGAAAUUGAGGCCAGAGCAGAGAUGGAAUCUGAUAAGAAGCUGGAAAAGCUGGAGACGUUUUUAGGGCGUUUGAACAGUAAAGUAUCAGGUUUGCAGGAGACGACUUUGACGGUGACAGAAAAAGCCGUGAAGGAAGUGAUGCGACUGGAUGAUGAGAUCUUUUCAAAAUUUUACUGCCACAUGACAGAUAUUCCCCGCAGCAGGAUGCAUCUGGAUGAGGACUUUGAUGCCAUCUUCGGAAAACAAACUCCAACCUUGACAUCGGCGAUGGUGCAGCACAAGCGGGCCGUUCGUCCCUCCCGUAAUGUCCAGGCCUCCAGGAACCCCUUAAAGAUUCUCGCUGCAAGAGAAGACAUACGACAGGAGUACACUGAGGAGAGACUGAACAUCGGUCAGCUAGAAACCAAGAGAAUUAAACAGGAGAAAAUGAGCAAGAGCUCCAGUUUGUCGGAUGCAGCUCUGGCUGGUUUGGCCAGUAAAGAGAGCUACAGCAGCGUGAGUCUGCGCAGUGUCAGCGUCUCAGAGCAGAUGACCAAUAACAGCGCAGCGCCCUACAAAAAACUCAUGCUCAUGCAGGUCAAAGGUCGACGUCAUGUCCAGACCAGACUAGUGGAGCCUAGAGUGUCCUCUCUGAACAGCGGUGACUGUUUUCUACUGGUUACGCCUGAGCAUUGCUUUGUUUGGAUCGGAGAGUUUGCAAAUGUCAUUGAAAGAGCCAAGGCAUCAGAACUGGCCACUUUCAUCCAGCUAAACCAUGACCUUGGUUGUCGAGCUGCACUGGUAGAGACGAUCGAAGAAGGAGUGAAUGCUCAAAGCCCUGCAGCUGCUGAGUUCUGGAAGAUCCUGGGAGGACCAGCCAACUACCACUCGGCCGGGUCUCCAGACGAGGAUGAGAUGUUUGAAAGUGCCAUUGUGGAGACAAACUGUAUCUUCCGUCUUGUGGACGAUAAACUGCUUCCUGAUGAUGAUUUCUGGGGGAAAGUGCCUCAUAGUUCACUUUUGGGCUCUAAAGAGGUGGUAGUGUUUGAUUUCGGUAGUGAAGUGUACGUGUGGCAUGGUAAAGAGGUAACACUGGCACAGAGGAAGGUGGCGUUUCAGCUGGCCAAGCACCUUUGGAACGGGACGUUUGAUUAUACCAACUGUGACAUCAACCCUCUGGAUCCUGGAGGACACAACACGCUCAUACCGAGGAAAGGUCAAGGUCGCCCAGAUUGGGCCAUGUUUGGCAGACUGACCGAACAUAAUGAAACAUGUCUUUUUAAAGAGAAGUUCCUGGACUGGAAAGAUGUUUCUAGACUGUCACCUAAAAAUGUCAUCGAGCACCCCUUCCAGCAGAAGGAGUCUCCGGGCACAGAUUCCCAUUCUGAGUGCCGGGCGUACAGCGCCUCUCUGAUGCUUCCGGUCCUGCAGUCGCCCAUCAGUACAGUUCUGGACGGUCAGAAUGUGGGUCGAGGACACGGUCCGGUGGGGAACGGCUCGGACGACUGCAUGCGCUCUCUGGAGAUCAGCACGGUUUCUGUUGACGUCUGGCAAAUCCUGGAGUUCGACUACAGCCGACUGCCCAAGCAGAGCAUCGGCCAGUUUCACGAGGGAGAUGCUUACGUAGUGAAAUGGAAGUACAUGGUGAGCGCAGCAGUGGGCAGCAGGCAGAAGCUGGAUCCGGUGCGCAGUGCAGGUCCCGGCAGGGAGAAGUGCUGCUAUUUCUUCUGGCAGGGCAGCAACUCGACGGUCAGUGAGAAAGGAACAUCUGCGCUCAUGACUGUUGAACUGGAUGAAGAGAGAGGAGCACAGAUGCAGGUCCAGCAGGGGAAGGAGCCGCCCUGUUUCCUGCAGUGUUUCAAUGGAGGGAUGAUUGUGCAUUCUGGGAAGAGAGAAGAAGAAGAGGAGAACAUUCAGAAUGACUGGCGUCUGUACUGUGUGCGAAGUGAGGUGUCUGUAGAGGGCCAUCUGCUGGAAGUGGCUUGUCACUGCAGCAGUCUGCGAUCACGCACAUCAAUAGUCCUUCUGAACAUCAACAAAGCCCUCAUCUACCUGUGGCACGGCUGCAAAACUCAAACCCACACACGGCAUGUCGCUCGAACCGCCGCAGAGAAGAUAAAAGAACAACGGCCACUGGAGGCGGGACUUCACAGCAGCUGCAGUGUGACCAUUCAUGAAUGUGAGGAAGGUGGCGAGCCAGUGGAAUUCUGGGAAGCGUUAGGCAGGAAGGACCGCAAGGCCUACGACUGCAUGCUUCAAGUGUGA